CGAGUCCCGAAGCGGCCUUAGACUAGAGUUACACGUCUCCGUGGCGGUGCGCGAGAAGUGGUAGGCAGCGAGUCUCAUCCAGUAGACCUGCGGGCCAGAGCUCACAGCUCGCUCUCGACCACACAGAUCUCACACAGUGCUAGCUCUCUGGAAGGUGUCGAGAGCGCGCGCGGGCGCGGACCGUAACGUUGCGCCUGUGUGGUGUACGACUGCCUCGCUGUUCCGCAGCGGUACAAGUAGACUCCGCGACGAACGAUGCCCUGGGAGGUCGGCAUCGACCUGAGCGACGGCGACCGGUCGGUCCUCGCGGUCGCGGCACUGGCCCUCGGCGCGACGACCGUCGUCCUCCUCUUUUUGUGCUGCCGGCGGCUCUGCUGCUGCUGCGGGUCCCGGCGGUCCGCGAGCGGCGUCGGCUACGAGAGCGUGCCGCACCAGCUCGACGGCGAGGAGCUCGAUUUCAAGCGCGCCAUGGAGGGCGACGGCGUCGAGGGCGGCGCCUUCACGGGGACGGAACUCGAGCAGAUCGAGAUGAUCGAGCAGUACCGGUCGAAGCUCGUCGAGGGCGCCGCCGAGGACUCCGCCGCCGAGCGGGGGAAGGACCUGUCCAAGGUCGCGUGACUAAGU